AUGGCUUCGUCGCUCCGCCACAAGGUCCUCUUCGUCCUCGGCGGCCCGGGCGCCGGGAAGGGCACGCAAUGCGCCAAGAUCGUGGCCCAAUAUGGCUUUGUCCAUCUCUCGGCUGGCGACUUGCUCCGUGAAGAGCGCGCGUCGGGCAGCGAGAACGGCGACAUGAUCGACCGCAUGAUCCGCGAAGGCGCGAUCGUGCCCGUCAAGGUGACGCUCGACUUGAUCCGCAAGGCGAUGGUCGCGAGCGGCCGCGACCUCUUCCUCAUCGACGGCUUUCCGCGCAACUUUGACAACCUUACGGGCUGGAACGACGAGAUGGUUGACGUCGACGUCGCCGGCGUCCUUUUCUACGACUGCCCCGAAGACGAGAUGGAGCGCCGUCUCCUCGAGCGUGGCAAGACGAGCGGUCGCACCGACGACAACAUGGAAGCGAUCCGCAAGCGCUUUGCGACGUACACCGAGUCGACGAUGCCCAUCAUCAACCACUUUGCGGCGCAGAACAAAGUGUUCCACAUCCUCGCGACGUCGACGCCGGAAGCGGUCUUUGAAGAAACGAAGAAGGCCAUCGAGCCGAUUGUGUCGCAGCACCUCGUCGACACGACGCAGCGUCUUCUCAACGCUGUCUUCCAAAACGACUAUGCAACCUACCGAGCGCUCUGCGAUGACAACAUUUCGGCCAUCGAGCCGCAGUCCAUGGGCCAUGUCGUCGAGGGUAUGAAGUUCCACGAGUUCUACUUCAAAAAUCAAGGCCGCGGUGGCCUGGGCGUCGCCAGCGUCUGCCAGGCGAAUGUCGUCGACCCGCAUGUCAAGCUCCUGGGCGACACAGCGAUCGUGUCGUUCGCCAACGUCAUCCAGUCGGCGUCCGAGCCGUCGGUGGUCUACAUGGAGACGCGCGUGUGGCACCGCAGCGCGACGACCGGUGCCUGGAAGAACGUGCACUUUCACCGGUCCUCCAAGUGA